AUGAAGAUUAAUUUGUCCCUCAACAAAAAAAGUACAGGCGACGGGGCGGAACAACGGACGGGUCAGGAGGAAAGCACAUCGAGUGGAGCAUUGAAAAAGGAAAGUCGGGAAGGUUAUCGAAAAAGGGACAAAGAGGGAAGGACCACAACCAAAGAGAAUAAUGUGAAGAACAAUGUAGGGGAUUUUUUUGUGAACACAGAUGAUGAAGAGGAAACAUACGAACUGGAGAACAACCAAAAUAAAAAAUUAAAUGAAGAAAAAAAUAAACAAAUCCAAAGUGAAAUAAGAGAAUAUAUUUACGAGCAUGAAAAUCCGGGGGAAAGAAACACAAAGGAGGAAUUAAAAGUUGAUCACACAGACAAGAAGAAGAAAAUUCGCUACCUGGGUUAUAGGGGUGAGGAGUUGACGAAGCUGCAUGAGGAUAGAACGAACGGGUUGCAGGGGAAGAAGCAGUAUGGCCCAUUAUAUACGGAACUGGGACAGAGCGGAAGAGACCAUCGGGGUAAUGACAGGUGGGGGGAGAAACGAUCGAAGGAAUAUUUGCCGCAACCUCCAAGUGAAAGAAAGAAACAUAGAGAGAGGGAAGACGCAGACGAAGCCAAGGACGAAAUGGAGAAGGAAAUUCGUAUCGAUGAAAUAUUUAAUAAAAGGGAGAGCGACCAGAAGGGCAAGUCCAAAUACAUGGACGCUCUCAUCGGUAGUGCCAAACGAAGGGAAUUGGAAAGAGAAAUGCUAAUUCAAAAAAAACUCAAAAUUGAUACAUCCAAGGAAGAAAAGGUUUUUAUAACCAAUGCGUAUAAAAAAAAAAUUAUGGAUAGGAAAUUAAUUAUGAAGGAUAUGGAGCUGGAACAGCAUCAGGUGAAGGAUGAAAAUCGGCAGUCCAACUUCAACUUGAAUUUGUUUCUUAAAAACAUAAAUGCACCGUCGAAUUAUAAUCGGUCGAAUAGGCGUCCCCAUUAUGAGAAGUAA